AGACGGGACGAGAGACACGCUGAAGACCUCCUCUGCUGGAUCGGGUUCUGGUUCUGGUUCUAAGGUUCUGAGGUUCUGGUUCUGAGGUUCUGCUUGAUCAUGGAGGAUCUGAAACCAGCUGCUGUUCUUCUGCUGUUUCUGCUACACAGCUGCCUGGCAGACCAAGUUUUCCUCCACAGCCAGCGGGCCAAUCAGCUGCUGGUGAGGAGCCGCCGAGCCAAUCAAAUGUUUGAGGAGUUAAAAUCAGGGAACCUGGAGAGAGAAUGUGUGGAGGAGAUCUGUGACCACGAAGAAGCCCGAGAGGUUUUUGAACAGACGGACAAAACGGAGACUUUCUGGACGAAGUAUGUCGACUGUGAAGGAACCCAGAUGACUAGAACCCAGGUGAACAUCGACGCAGUGAGACAAUGUUUAGAAGGUCAGUGUGUCUCUGGUUCAGGAGUGAACUAUGAAGGAAACAUCAACAUCACACAAUCAGGAAGACAGUGUCAGUUCUGGAGCAGCAGCUUCCCACAUCCCAUAAUAAGGGAGUUCAACGCUUCAGAACCAAACAGCGUCCUGCAGGAGAACUUCUGUCGUAACCCGGACAACCGUCCAGAGGGACCCUGGUGUUUCACCAAAGACCCGACGGUCCAGAAGGAGAUCUGCAGGGUCCCCACAUGUGGCAAGUACCUGCUAGUACUACCAACCCCGCCGACUCUGGCCCCUGAGAUAAUCAGAACCGGGGAGUGUUUACCUAAUUACGGCCUGGAGUACAGUGGUGACCUGGCAGUCACCCUGGGGGGGCACACCUGUCUCCUGUGGUCCUCGCCGGAGGCCAAGUCUCUGAGCGUGGACAAGGACUUCAUCCCCGAGGUCAGCCUGCAGGGCAACAAGUGCCGUAACCCGGACAACGACCCCGAGGGGCCCUGGUGCUACGUGGAGGUUUCUGGAAACCUGACCAUGGACUACUGCAACCUGGACCUGUGUGAGGACCCUUUGGUUGAGGACUUCCUGACGACGGAGACAGAAGGACGAGAACGAUCCGUCCUCAGAGCCCCCAAGAAAAUAUUCUUCAGUCCUCGAACCUUCGGAGAAGGAGAGAGCGUGUGUGGAGAACGCCCCCUGUUUGAAAUGCUGAAGAAAAAGGACGGAGGUGAGGACGAGCUGUUGGAGUCGUACCGAGACAAACGCAUCGUCGGGGGAACAGACGCCGAGGUGGCCUCAGCACCAUGGCAGGUGAUGCUGUACAAGAGGAGCCCACAGGAGCUGCUGUGUGGAGCCAGUCUGGUCAGCGAUCAAUGGAUCCUCACUGCGGCUCACUGCAUCCUCUACCCGCCCUGGAACAAGAACUUCACCGCCGACGACAUUCUGGUCCGACUGGGGAAGCACAACCGGGUCAUGUUCGAGCGCGGCAUCGAGAAGAUCGUGGCCAUCAGCGAGAUCAUCGUCCACCCGAAGUACAACUGGAAGGUCAACCUGAACCGGGACAUCGCCCUGCUGCACCUGAGGCGUCCGGUGGUGUUCAGCGAUGUGAUCCACCCGAUCUGCAUCCCCAGCAAGAAGGUGGCCAUCAGUCUGAUGACUGAGGGCUAUAAAGGGAGAGUGACCGGUUGGGGGAACCUGAAGGAGACCUGGAACCCCUCAGCAAAAAAUCUACCCAAAGUGCUCCAGCAGAUCCACCUGCCGAUCGUAGACCAGGACACCUGCCGCGUCUCCACGUCGGUCAAAGUCACGGACAACAUGUUCUGUGCUGGUUAUAAACCAGACGAUGUCAAACGUGGAGACGCCUGUGAGGGAGACAGCGGUGGACCGUUUGUGAUGAAGGACCCGGUGGAGGACCGCUGGUACCAGAUGGGCAUCGUGUCGUGGGGUGAAGGCUGCGACCGAGACGGGAAGUACGGCUUCUACACUCACCUGUUCAGGAUGAGCAGGUGGAUGAAGAAAAUCAUCGACAAGACGGGAAAAGACAGCCGCUAGAAAGAUUUCCUGUUCUGUGCUCUGUUAGACAAUGCUAAUAAAGUUUGUCCAAAUUCUA